AGCGGGAGGAAGCCGGCUUGUAUUGAACAUAGGCAAACCAAGCUCCCCUGUUUUUUCAUUUUACAACUGCAAAGCAAAUACACUGAUCUUUUGUGAUAACAGAAAACCUCAGGGACUUCAUUGCAAAAUCCCCAAAUCUUCCCAAAGCCCUAAGCUAGGGUUUUGCUCGAGAUACAGAGGUCUCCAGGUUCCGAAGUCGCCAUCAACCAUGGCGGAAUCAAUUUGCAGAACUCUCCGUGAUGGAGCUCUAGAAGGAGAGCAUGCUCCAGCUCUCACUAUCAAAGACACUGCUGCUUCACCAUUCGGCUUUGACUUGUUUCUUCACGUGUUCUCCCAACUCUCCUCCUUUACUUUGGCCGGAAAAUCUCAGUCCCAAGGUGUUGUGAUUGUUGCGUUUAAGAGAAGUCCUUCGUUUUAUUUAGAGCUGUUGAAGAAACGAGGAAUCGAUGUUAGUUCCUCUCACAAAUGGAUUCAAAUAUUGGAUUGUUACACGGAUCCUCUUGGAUGGAAGAGUAAGCUUGUGGAGUCUGGAAAAGCAAAGAGUAUUUCCCAUGAAGCUUCCGGAUUGGCUCAUCUCUGUAAGGAUGUGAGGGAUAUGGACAACUUGUACUCGUUAAUUCUUGAAUUGGGGAAAGGAUCGGUUGGACAAGGCAAGGGUCGUUUUUCUGUUGCCAUAGACUCGGUAGAUGAAAUGUUAAGAUGUGCAUCCCUGUCAAGAGUUGCAGGCCUUUUAAGCAAUCUUCGCAGCCAUGAUCAGGUAUCUUGCAUGUAUUGGUUGCUACUUUCAGAUCUUCAUGAAGUUAGGGUGACAUCUGUUCUUGAAUACAUGUCCUCUAUAGUGGCCAGUGUUGAACCACUGAGCCGAUCUGCUAAUGGACGCAUAUUGGAUUCAGAAAACAUCUCUCUGUUGAAACAUAAUUUUGGGAAAGGAACGCUUAAUGUCAGAUUCAAGCGCCGGAAUGGGCGUGUACGCGUGAUGCGUGAAGAAUUUCAUAUUGAGCAGUCCGGAAUCAAUUUUACAUCUGUUUCAUCUGAAGAUGGAAUAAUUAAUCAAGGUCUUUUGCCUAAGGUGCUGUUUAGCCUACAGCUGUCAGAGAAAGAGCAGAGUGAAAGGGCUAAGGUUGUACUCCCUUUUGAGCACCAAGGAAAUGGUAAACCUAUACAAAUUUAUGACGGUCGAAGAUCUCUCACAGAGAAUAAUAAUGAGGCAACAUUUGCUUCAACUGGGAAUUUGCAAAGAAAUGAAGCAUCUGGUGGGGGUGAGAUAAUAUAUUUCCGGGACUCAGACGAUGAGAAGCCAGAUUCCGACGAGGAUCCAGAUGAUGAUCUGGACAUAUGAUGGGUAUGAGCCCUCAAUUACUAUGGAUUAAUGCUAGGCUGCAAGAAAUUGUAAAUUAUAGCUUGUCAUAUUUUUGUAGUUUCAUUUUUGCCUAUAUGCUUGAAUGAGAAUCUGGUUUUACCAUCAAACCAUGAAAGUUGUAAAUCUGCACGCUCUUUCAUGCAUAAGGCUGAUUGUGUUUGGAUGAGUGCGUGUGUGUGCGCAUGAGGCUAAAUUUUAUUUAUAUCCUAUUUGAUUUAGACUUUAGUGGCCA